AUGUCAUAUAUUAGAGCUAUUUUGGUGAAACAGGGAUCAAAUGUUCCAGAACUUGGUCAAAUUUUAUAUGAACCAUCAGUUUUACCAAAUUACAUUCAAGUGAAAGUCGUUGCAGUUUCAAUAAAUCAUCAUACAAGAGAAAGAGUGCUAGAAAUAGGACAUUUAGGAGAUCGAGUGAUUGGUGUUGAUGGUGUUGGUGUAACGCCAAUUGGUUUGGCUUAUUUCACAACUUAUGGGCUAACUGAAGGAUCUUUUGCUGAACUCAUAAAUGUUCAUAUAGAUUGUAUUACUUUUUUACCACAAUUAGAACUUUCAGUACCACUUAGUACUAAGGAUGUUGCUAGAAUAGCUGCUUUUGCUAAUCCUGGUUCUGCUGUUCAUUUUGCAUUGGGUAGAAUUGAUUCAAAGUUUUUGAGUCCAAAUUUUAAUGUACUUAUAAUUGGUGUUACAGGAACUGCUGGUGAAUUGGCUGCUCAAAUUUGUAAAAAAACAUAUAAUUGUGCUAAUAUUGUUGGAGUUGGUAGAUCAGUGUAUGAACUAGAUGAUUUAUUGAGAAAAGGAAUCAUCACUACUGGAAUUUCUCUUGCAGCUACUGAUGCUACAAUAGAAAUGGUUUUUGCACAAUUUGAAAUUGAUAUUGUGUUAGAUUAUACUUGGGGUGAACCAGCUGAAAGAGUUUUGACAAAUUUACUGAGAGCAAGAAAGAAUCAUACAAGACCUGUUUGUUAUGUUAAUGUUGGAUUAGUUUGUGGUGAUAAUUGUAAUAUAUCUUCAAAAAUUUUAAGAAAUGAAAAUAUACUUAUGGUUGGUGCUGCAUUUGGGCAACAUGAUAUUGAGAAAUCACAUCAACUGAUUGAAUUUUUGAUUUUUGAGUUGUUAAGUACAGAUUUCUAUGACUUUGAUCUUUAUGAUCCUGAGUGGUCGCACAUUAAUCAGUUGGUGUUUGAUUGGGACAAUUGGGAUCCUUCAAAGAGGAAAGUUUAUUAUUUUGCUAAUCAGAUUAGAAAUAUAUUCAAGUUUGAAUUGCAUAGUGAAAUAGACUUACUACAAUGA